AUGAAUUUCAAAAUCACGGGCCUUUUAAUCGGCCUAAUUGGCCUGGUAAUAUUGUCUGGUAAUACAGAAGCUCGAGGCGGAGGCCGUGGAAGUGGAAGUAGGGGAAGUAGUAGUAGUGGAAGAAGUAGUGGUGGUCGUAGCAGUUAUAGCGGUAGCAGCAGUAGUCAUUCGAGUAGCAGUCAUGGAAGUAGCGGGCAUGGAAGUAGUGGAUAUCGGAGUCAUUCGAGUGGAAGCUAUGGAAGUGGUUCCAAAAAUUACGGCAGCAAUUCUAAAUCACAUAGUGAUAGUUAUUCAGGUAGCAGCGGGUAUGGAAGUAUCGGAUAUGAUAGCCAUUCGAGUGGAAAUCAUGGCAGUGGCUUCAAAAAUUACGGCAGUAAUUUGAACUACCAUCGUGAUAAUUAUGGAAGCAGCAGCGGUUAUGGUGGCAAUUUUGGAAGUUAUAAUUCAUACUCGGGCUUAGGCAGCAGCAGAUGGCAACAAUAUGACACCCACUUCAAUACAUAUGGAAAUAAUCAUAAUAAUGGUCAUGGAUAUUCUUCAAGUAGUUCAAAUCGUGAUGACUUUUUAAGUGGUUUUGCUAGCGGUCACUUUUUGGCAUCACAUAUACCAGAAACUUUUAGAAAUCUCAAUUUCCCUAAACCAUAUCACGUGAGACAUAGUUCUAAUGAUGCUACCCGAAACAGUUAUUCAGAGGACACAACUACCACAACCUCUACCACAGAAACAUCAAUACCUUCAAACGACUUCAAUUAUCCCCUUUAUGGGAAUAUGAAUUUAAAUGAAAUAUUAAAUUCAAUAACUAAAGUAAAUAUGGGUACUCUAUUUGAAAAUGAUGUAACAGAUGUAUCAGAGAACUCAGAAGAGACGACCACCACAACUCCGACCACCGAACGUGUAAUUGUCGACAAAAAUCCCUUAGAUAUUUUGGAUAGUCUAAAUCCGUCAUAUCAUCCCAAUGAAAAUAUGGAUGAAUUUUUAGCGAGAAUAAAUAAAAUAAAUUUUCAUGACAUGUUUAGAGGUAUUGCGGAUUCAACGAAAAAUGCUCUGGAGCGGGUAAACGACAAACAAAAUCCCACAAUAGAAGAUACAAUAACUACAGAGAAGAUAACCACAACAACAACCAGUACCACGGAAAUACCAACAACUACCAUUUUACAGACUUCUACUGAAACUGUAAUUACUACUGCAGAAGAUUCGACCAUUGCAACGGAUCCAUCUAUUGCCACAGAAUCACCACUUCAUGUCACAAAUCCCGAAAUUUCUACACCCUAUGGUGUUAUUUGUUUUCCAAUGAUUACGAAUGAAAUAAAUGAAUUUGGUGUCAAUGUAACAAUUGAAUCUCUCGGAUGUUAUCCAGCCCCUGAACCUAUUUUGUUGGAGAAUAUUCCGCCUUUGUAG